GUGAAGCACGCCGCCGGAAAGAAGGGGCGCUGCGAGGAAUGAGGGCCAGUGGGCUAGUAGUAUCCGCGAUAACGUCGCCUCAGUAGAUCGUCGGCCGUCGCGCGGCUCCUCUCGCCAACCCUCGCGAAAUUCCGCGCGAACCAGCCCCGAGCCGCGGCCGCCCUUACGCUUCGCAGAGAACGCGGAGCACCGUGAACCGGAAGUUCGGGCCGGAGCAAUCGCGAGACACGUGUUUGGCGCGCGGCACGUCGCGAAGCCGAGGAUCGUUCGAUGGAAUUGUGGCGAGUGAGUGGUCGUUCGAAGUUUCUUCUGUGAUUCGUUCAGAUUCGUGUUGAAAUUCGCGUGUUGUGUGCACGUGUGUCUGUCUAUCUGUCUGUCUGUUUGUCUGUCUGUGCGUUACGUUCUCGAUUGCGCCGUGAAAGUGUUUAACUGAAAUUCGGAAACUGAAAUUUGCCAAGUUACGAAGAAAUAGUCGCGCGCGCGCGCGUGUGUGUGUGUGUUCGUGUGUUUGUGCGCGGUGCUGUGAAAUCGAAGAAAAAUUGCUUCGGUGGCUAUCGUUAAUGGCUGCCUGUUAAUCGAUCGCAGAUCGAAGAAGAAAAUGGUGAUCCAAGAAGAACGCAUCGAUUUUCAUAAAUUUAUUCAAAAAUUAGAGAUAGAGACGACGUUGAAAAUUCGCGAAGACUAACGAAAGAAAACAAACAUCCCUCUAGAGAAAUCAGCACGUGCACGAUCCGAUGGAUUAGCCAAAGAAGACGGAGAAGCAGGAAGACGCGGUCGCAGAUGCCAGCGGUGUCGUGCAGCAAGUAGAGGCAAGAAAUUCCUAGAUCAGCCGUUUUCAGCGAUGAUCGGCUCGUCGACGCCAACGAUCGGUCGCGCGGAUCCUUACGAGGCCGUGGUCGAUACCUGCUACGAGGAUCUUCUGCUGUUCGCCAACGACAGCGGCGUGCUCUGCGAAGGUUCCCGAUUCGCCGUGCCUGGAGUACUCAACGACACCGAUGUGGACGGUGAACCGGUGAACGGAACAGGUCUGGACGUCGACGUCGACGGUCUGAAUAAUUGGUGGGCUAUGUUAGCCCUGGUCUUGGUCCUGGGCACCGCUGCUGGCAAUAUUUUGGUCUGCCUGGCUAUCGCCAGGGAAAGGCGGCUUCAAAACGUCACCAAUUACUUCCUGAUGAGCCUGGCGAUCACGGAUCUGUUGGUCGCUGUGCUCGUGAUGCCUCUUGGGAUUCUUACGUUGGUCAGAGGAUACUUCCCUCUGCCGUCAGUUUACUGCCUCGCGUGGAUCUGCCUGGACGUAUUAUUAUGUACGGCGAGCAUCAUGCACUUGUGCACCAUAAGCGUGGACCGGUACCUGAGUCUACGGUACCCGAUGAAAUUCGGCCGGAAUAAAACCAGGCGGCGGGUCAUGCUGAAAAUCAGCUUCGUCUGGGUACUGAGCAUCGCCAUGAGCCUGCCUCUCAGUCUCAUGUACUCGAAGGAAGACGACUCCGUGCUGGUGGACGGCGCGUGUCAAAUACCGGAUCCUCUGUACAAGUUGAUCGGCAGCAUAAUCUGCUUUUACAUACCACUGGGCGUGAUGUUGCUUACGUACGCUUUGACAGUCAGACUGUUGGCGAAGCAGCAACAGAAUAUAGGAGGAACUGCAGGUUGGUCCUCCGGAUGGCUGGGUGGCCCGCAGGGCCCACCCUCGGGAGGUUUAGACAGACGAGGGACCUGGAAGCGGUUCCUGUUGAGUAAAAGCUCGGCCGGAAGCGGCGGUACGCCGCAGCACACUUCCGGUACGUCGACCGACACCGAGCUGACAACGCUGGACACCCACGAACUUUGGCUUCCGGAAAGCGAACCGCCGCCGUCGGCGAUGUUCGCUCUUCACGCCUUUGGCGCCGAAAUGCUCAAGUUAUCCAGAGGUUUGGAGGGCAUCGCCAGCCCUGGAAGCCCCACUCCUAUGGGAACGCCAAGGUCCACGCCUCAACACUCGCUCCAGCAUCAUCAGCAACAGCAACAAUCGCAUCGGUGCAGCUUUCGACACGGGAGCGGAGAAAGCGGAAGCAGCGCGUCCGGUUCUCGAACGAGCCUCUCGAUACCGGAAGACCUAAGCUCGCCCACCCCGUGGAAGCAUCGGCGACGCGCGUCCACCUUCAACGAGGCUCAUUUGGAACGGGCGGAAUCGGGUUCGCCGAGAACACCCAGGAAGCGAUCUUUCAGCUUCCACGAGCAGCCAGUGUUCGGCCGCGGUUCCGUUUCGCGGAAGAACUCGUCGAACGAGGAAACCUCGAGCACGCAGAGGAAAUCGAGCGAUAAACAGGAAGGCGAAAUCGCGUUACCUCCGCCGUGUACCUGCCCCUAUUUCGGCGAAUCGUCCAAGAGACCACCUCCGCAACCAUCCAGCGAGAUCGUGAUCGUUUCCAGCGAUACCAUGAAGCCAAUCUCGGGGAAGAAUCUGGAGGCUGCGUUUCUCGGUAGAAGCAACAGCGGUAGAACGGAGGCCAGCAGAAGCUACGAGCCAAAUUCUGUCGUCACGUGGAGGAGCGGCAGAAGAGGAUCUAGUUUAGGGAACACAAGAACCGCGCUAUUGACCACGAGAGGUGGUCCGAUCCGGCGUGCAGCAACGAUGCGUGCUCAUAACGGAGCAGCGAGCAUCAGCUCUAAGCAAAGCAGCAAUUCAUCCUCUCCGUGUCCGCACAGAUACUCGGGGCCAGUUCGUAGCCACCAUUCGAGAACCAGCAGCGUUGUUUCACGAAAUAGCUCGCGACACGGAAGGAUCAUCAGGCUGGAGCAAAAAGCCACGAAAGUUCUAGGCGUCGUUUUCUUCACGUUCGUGGUCCUCUGGGCGCCGUUCUUCGUCCUCAAUUUGAUACUAGCCGUGUGUCCCAACUGUGAAAGGCAGAUCAAUCACAAGAUCUUCGAUUUGGCUACUUGGUUGGGCUACGCCAGUUCUAUGGUCAAUCCUAUCUUCUACACGAUCUUCAACAAAGUCUUCCGACAGGCCUUCAAGAAAGUGUUGCUCUGCAGAUACAGAAAUCAAAGCUGGAGGCCGUCCAGGUAGGCCUUCGGCCCCGGGAGACCGGGGAUCGCCGUCACCAGGGUUUAAAGUCGUUAAUAAACGUCGACUUCCGGUACCAGCGGAAGCGGAGGAACCGUGGUUGACCGGCCGUGGUUUCUCAACGAAUUACGAGCCACGGUGAAGCUUUGGUUGUUUCAUGAUCGCAGAUAAACUGAAGAAGAUUUUGUGAAAAUCUGGAUAAUAUAUAUGUGUGUGUGUAUGUGUGUAUUCGAAGCUGCUGUGAAAGUUUAGAGUGAAAAUGAAACGAGGAUUCCAUUGAAUUAAAACGAGCGGAAGAGUGGAAGCGAGGCGAAAAGAAAUUAUCGAGAACAUGCAGAUCGUUCCUAGUUGCAACAAGUGACGUUUAGUGAAUUGUGAAGUAUGAUAGAAAGAUGUUUUCGAUAUAAUAUAGUCACGAACCAUGGUCAAGCAGUUAGAUCGUUCGAUUGUGAAGGAAAAAGCGAAGAAGCUUUUUUGUAAAAGCUUUGAUAAUUUGGGAAAAAUACGGAAUCGAGAAAGGCAGGAAAAUUGAAGCGAAUACAUCGUUACAAGCUGCAGUGAGUGAUACUUCGCGAAAAAGAAAUUCUUUUUUUUUUUCAAAUAAAAUAAUUACGAACAACAGUGAAGGUGAGAUUGAUUCUCGAAGGAAAACCGAAGAAGCUGUUACGGAAUCUUAGAUAAUCGAAAAACGAAAAAUAUUGAAUCGAAGUGAGAUAUUUGAAGUUCCAGCGAGUGACGUUCGGUAAAGUUGUAAAGAACGAUACAAAGAAUACCCUUUCUUCCUUUUGUUAAUAAAAUAAUUCGAGAAGCUUACGUAGAUCGGAUAACGCGAAGACAGGUGUACUUGAAAUGAAGAGUUUCCAACGAAACUCCUAAGUGAACUACGAACUGCAAUAAACGUUCCUUCCUUCUGUAGGCGGAGCUUCCGCGAGAUCGGAAAUCGGAACACGCGAGACGAGCAAUUUAGAUUAAGGACUUUAACGAUAAUCGACUUGUUAAGGCAGAGUUUCGACGAUUAAGGUUUCCAAUGCGAGCUGAACACUUCAUCUUCCAAAAGCGGUUCGACGAGCUUUCGCGAUAUCGAUAAACGAAACUACGAUACUUGACCGAACUAGGUUUAAAAGAAGCGAGACGAGAGGCUAGUAGAAGGAGCUUCCCUAAAUGCGCGACAUAAAGCGAGCUCAAAUCUUCCGCCUGACAUUCAUCCGUGUGUGUCGUAAUUAAAUUAUGGCGACGAUUCGAAAAAUUGUCGCACCACUUCCACCCGUUCAUCCCCGUACAACAUCUUUACUCGUUCCGUGCGAUUCUUAACACUGUGGACGUUUAUGCAAAUGAAUAUUUUUCUAAACGUCGUCAACCAUACGGAACCCAAGUAGACGUUUCUUUUAUCCGUUUGUUUCAUAACGAGUACUAUAUUUUCGAUAUUUUAUAUAGGACAUAUUUUUGCAUUUUACGUGAGUAUUCUGUGAGUUUCCGCGUUCUUCGACGUUCCGUGCGUACGCAUAAAAGGCGGCAGUUUAUUAAUAAAGAACGACGAACGCGUUAGGUCGUAACGCAAGUAAUUCGCGAUCUUCGUUAUGAUUUCCCGGUGGAAACGAGGCGCUGUUGCUCGAGAACCUUUCAGCUAACGAAUUAAGGUCAUUGUCCAUUUAACGACACAGCAAACGAACACCAACAGCUCGGUAUUAAAUACUUGGUAUUCUUGUACAUAGUCUAACCCUUUCGCUACUAAUGGCCACUGCCGUGGCCUUUCGCAAACUUAUCUCUGCGUACGAAUGGCCAUUAUAAUGCACAGCUGAAGCAAAUGUACUGCGAACAGUAGGUAAGAUAACAUUAGGUUACGUCGUAAGCAAUGCGGUUCUCUUGCCAACUAUCUGUUGGUAAUAGGUUUGCUGCGUAAUAAACAAACGCGAUAAAAAUAUUCAUAACGAUAAGUAUCAUACGGAUGAUGCAAAUUCUUCAACCUCCUGCGAAACGGAAGUCGAGUAAUGAAAUAUUAAUCCUGAAUUAAAUUGCUCUGAAAUCGGACGAAAUGUGCUUUCAUUUUACUCGCUCGAUACCUUUGGUAGUGGAAAAUGAUCGUUAGAGAUCGUUUACUCGAAGACGAUACAAAGAUAUAGUCGUUGAUCGUUGGAUUUCUAUCGAGCGCACUUGGGACUUUCUCGAAUCCUUUCGCCGAGAAAUAUUAGGUUGUCCGAAAAAUGUCUUUCGCUAUCUGCACGCAGUUGCUUCAUCUGGCUAUGUCGAUACAAACAUGAAAGCUACUCUGUCAAAUUUUGUGGUCUUUAGCUUCGAUCGUCUUCUAGCUGUCGUAGGAUACGUUUCGUCUGCGUUAAAACGAAAAAUGUUGUGCGACUAUUAUUUUCUUCUGAAACGAAAGAAACUUUCAAGACAACCUAAUACUUUCAUCGCGCGUUGUUCAGCGACGAUGAAUUUUAGUAAAUUGUUACUGUAAACGAUAAAUAAGAGAUGAAUAUACAUUAGCAUCGACGUUCGUGCGUUCUGGGCACUCUCGCGUGAUAAUUUAUUAUUUAUCGCUGGAUUCGUCUGCUUUCCUAUCCUUCUCUCUUUUUUUAGAAUUUUCCCUUUAAAUAUGACAAUCAGACGGCUCGUAAUUCGCGAAACUGAUUUCUAGCCGUAGCAGAGAUUAAUUCGAAUAAUAUCUCAAAGUUUUGAAUCCCAGUAACUGAACAACCUUUCUUCCAUCCGUUCUUUCACAAUCUUACGUUAAAUACGAGACAAUCAGCGCUGGCUAGUAAUUCACGAAGCUGACUCGCAGCCGUAGCAGAGAUUUAUUCGAAUAAUAUCUCGUAGUUUCUUGAUCAGAGGAACCGAACCACCUUUCUUCCGCUGUCUUUCGAUGGUCGACGCAAUAAAACACGACAAUCACUAAAAAUUACGGGACGUAGGGUUCCGAGAGGAAUACGAACAGCGAUGGGUCACGGGGAACCGAAACGCGAAGGUCGUAAAUAGGAGCGACGUUCCUUUUCAGAACACGAUCACGGAUAAUCGAGACUCCAUUGUAAACGGAACUGAUCACAUUGACCACUGAAAGGUUCUCGUAACAAACAACCGGCUGCUGCGAUAAAACCUACAUACAUAAAAGCGUAUCGAUACCGCUUUCUCUUGAUGCGAAACCCGGGGUACCUACCGGAAGCUCUACAGCGAAAAUUGAAACGGCUGUAUGCUGUAGCUGGAUUGGCCGAGUUCGUGUCAUAAAGCAAACAGCUUGGACCAGUUGAACCAGCGGAAUACUAGAUUCGGAGAAAAGGAAUCUGUUCGAUUGUAGUUUGCAGUGGACGUAGUUUGAAAAUUUCCAUCCUCUCGGUAUGCGUCGAGAUGACCACGACGACGUGCAGCGAAAAAUUGAUCGCGUGUGUUCAACUUUUCAAGGAAAUUAAAUUCGCGCGUGUUGAAAUUUUAAAGGAAAUUAUAUUCGCUCAGGGGCAAACUAACAACAGUAGGAAGACUCUGAUCGUUGAUUUUCGCGUUGCAGGAGUUCGACUGAAAGGAGAGGAGGUUUAAAAUCGAAGCAGAAGUUGUCACACGGCAAACUAAAUUAACGAGAGACGAUUCGUUUCUUCGCUCUACGCGUAUCUACGUUUGUUAAUUACUGAAAAAGUGGUUAGAACGUAGCUAGUUUGGAAAUGCUUAAACAAUCGGAGUCUGUGGACAAAAUGGAACAGUCGUGUCGCCUGGCUGAUCCAUGUGGAACGUAGAAAAGAGAGUUCACGUUGGAAGGAUGUGGUGGAAUACCUGGAAGAACGGAUUCCGUUUCUCCGUGCCGAGUUCUACAGCGAACGUGAGCAGAAUUGACUUAAUCGAAGCGAGAACAAACAGAGCGGAGAAGUCUAAAGUCGAUACGACAGGCAUAUUCCGUUUGGUGGAAGGUAGAAAGGAAGAGUGGCUGAGCGGCGAAAUAACGAUCCCGAUCGAAGCGAAACCGAAAGAAAGCACAAAAGCAGCUUCUCGGCAAUUUUCUACCGUAAGAAGUUGCUGCUCCUUUCGACAAAUUACCCUGGCGAGCGGUCUGACGAUAAAACCUCAAAUGGAAUGCGUGAACCGACUGUCUACUGGCUGAUUUCUCGCCGGUUCCCCGACACCGAUUGCGUGUAAUCGCAAGCAAAAUCGUUUUGUAAAAGGAAAACCCAAUUACGCGUUCGCGCGUAUACAGCGAUUUUGAUAUUUCUCGAACGAUCGGUUAAUCGAAAACGUAAGGUCUGAGAAGGUUGGUUCAAAUUUUCGUUCGCGUUUCGUUGCCACUAAACAUCGUUCGUAGAUGAAACGUCGAAUGUUUAUAAUCGCGCGUUACUAUGAUGCGCGAUAAUCCGAUGUUUCGAACGACUGCUUAAUUUGUGAUACUACGACGAAAAAGAAAAAUUGCGUUACUGUAUAUAAUGAUCUAAUAUUUUGCCAACCUCUGGCUAAUUCGCGACGUUCGACCGAAAGCGUCGGUCGAACGUUGUCGGGUUGCGUCGGAUCCGAGCUGUUCUCGUUUGCAGGCGGAAAAUCCAACUGCGCUUGUUGCAACGUGUUGCACGCUACACGAUGAUUAAAUAUUUUUUACAGACUGAUUGAUUCGCGACGUCGUUCUGAACGGGUUAGUUGGAUAUUUGGUUGCGUUAAAGUCGCAACAAACACGUUUGUAAAUAAAAAGUUCGCGCGUUACUACACCGAUUCCAUAUCUUUUGCCGAUUAAUUAAUCGUAAAAUCGAACUGAACAUCGAUAUAAUGCGUUAAAUGAAACGGAGAAGGAUAAAAAGUUAAAGGUUAAAGAUAUCAGGUUGCCCGAAAAGUGUCUUUCUUUUGCAGACACGUCUUUUACAACGACGCAUCUUUGUACAAACAUGAAACCUAAUCUAAUCGAACGUUGCGAUCUUUAUUUUGAUAGUACAAAAUGGAUCAUACGUAAUUCGAUAAAAUAAUAUAAAACGGAAAAUAUCGUGAAAAUGUCGAAAGAAACUUUCCGGACGACCUGAUAGGUAACAGAAGAUGGAAUUAUCCAACGCGUGAGAUUGAGAUAUCAACACGAAACAUCGGUAUCGAUCUAGAGACGAUUGAAAACUAACAAAUACCGCGAGGUAUCGUUAAGUUGGAGAAAUUAUUCAAGCUACCGAGUAUAAUCGAUAUGAUAAUUUAAUUCGCGCGUUUAAGUAUAUUUGUAAAUAGUCGUCGAACGUAAUCGUCAUUUAUAUCGUUAAGAAACGUAAAUAAAAUCAAGUAAAAUUCACUUGAACGCGACCGCCUGUGUGUGUGUGUGUAUGAUCGAAGCGUAGGUGAAUAACGAUCGAAGGUGAAAACGAAAAGGUGAGCGUUCGAGGAUUCGAUUGGAGAAAGGAACUAGUGGUUAGAAAACGUUAAUCUCGCGUGCUUAGUGAGAGAGUGGCGGGAUCUCUGAGAGAUUCUUAGGAAGAUUGCGAGCCCAAGCAGAAGCCAGAAAUCCCUUUCGCUAAUCCUGAACCCGAUUGCAAUCGCGAAUAAGACCUCGUUCCCUUCGAUCGUACGAAAUCGCUGAGUUUCCGCGAUAUUUAUCGCUGUUCCACCGACGCGAUUCUUCCACCGUUAACGCUUUGCUGAUUUCACAACGACGUUACGCUUUGUGCAACUUUUCUUCGGAGGACGAACAGAACGUCGAAGGUUUUGACGAUCUUCUAACGACUUUUCACUUCUAUCUCGCCUUUCUGUAAGCGUCGUAAUAUUUAUGAGCCAAGUAACAAGAGCAUUAUAGGUCGAUGCAUUGGAAAUAAAGCUUCGUCAAGGAAUUUCAGUUUGGCCCAGGUUAGUGCGAAAUAAAUAUGUCGCGAUACAUUGUCCGAACGACAGAUAUUUAAGGAAAAUGAUAUUCGUUCUAAACGUUAAUUAAUUGCGUUAAUUAUUCUAAAUUGAUCGAUAUAUUUUGAGACGACUGCUGGUUUUCAAACGACAUCUCAUCGAUGAAAUAUAUUGUACGCCUUGAGGAAUAACGACCGGCAUUCUUAGACUCAUUUAUAAGAUGAUUGUACGCUAUAAUUCUACGCUAAACCCACGGGAAACCGUUCGAUGAAACUAAACAAAUGCGUUUAUGUGAUAGAUUGGGUAAAACUAGCAGUACGUGCAACUUUUGUUAGUUUGUCGUAUUUCACAGUUGGUUUGUUUUCCCUUUUCGUCGGGGAAAAAAUACGUCUCGUCGUAUUUCAUUUACAGAAACCAAAUCGCAGAUCGAUAAGCUAAAAUUGUGACGGGCCUGUAACUGAAAUAAAUGGCUGGAAAUAACGAGGACGAAUCACCCGCAAGCAAUACAAACUAUAGAAAGAUGACACGCAAUUUGGUAACGAUAACACGGUUCUAGGACAACAAUUGAAUAAAUAGUUAAUCGCAAAUCGCAUUUGCGUGACGCGAGAUUCGUUAAACGGUCCGUCAGCAAGUUAAAAUUAAUCAUCGCAAGAGCAACGUUUGAAUAGAAUGAUUAACGCGGUCAUAGCGUAAAUAAACAACAAACGCAAGGUAGCCCUGCGUGAAAAUCGAUUUUUCAAGCUGAUGGUGGCCCCGGCUUUCGACUUCUCGCCCCUUGCACAAAUGCAAAGCAGAGGAACAGAAAAAAAUCAGAAAAACAUGGAAAAUCGAAAGAAAGCUUCGAACUGUCAAAAAGACGAGAAAUGUAAAGGCGAUAACGUUGCGUCGCUGCGGAAACGACGAACGAAUCGAAAAUAUAGAAAUAUGACGAAUUACAAAGCAGCAAGGGAUAGGAUUUUAGAAUAUCAGAGGGAGAAAAAAGAAGAAAGAUUAAUCAGAAAAGCAGGAAGUCUGAAACGUGAUAGAGUCCAGAUAGUACGACGACUGAAAUUAAAAUUAAAAUUAAGUGGGUUAAAGAGGGUUAUAAAUCGGUUAAAAAAAAAAGUAAAGAGAUAUUAACAAGAAAGUGUAAUGAAUCAAAAAACUAAAGACGAGAGAAACGAAGCACGAAAAAAGAAAAUAAAAGGUACGGAGGCAAAAGGUUAAAAACGAAGACGGAGGAAAUAACGAUCGGAAAAGAAAAGGUUAAAGGUAAAGGAAGAAAAAUUAUGAAAAAUCGAAAAGGAAAAAAAAAGCUGAAAUACGAGGGGGGGGGGGGGGAGGCGAUGGAUGGAAAAAGUGAAAGGUGAAAGACAGUUUCACCUCAACCCUAGACGCUGAAAUAAGGGUAGUGAGAGAGGGAGGGGAAAUAAAGGAAGGAGAGGGGAUAAUGAAAGAUUACCAGCAGGUCGAUAGGAAAACGAUUAAGCUAAAAAACGACCGAUAAUUUUCAUCCUAUGAAAUCGAACAAAUACGAUAAUAACAAAUUUAUAUGCCAUUUAUAUACCUCGCCUAUAAUACACGCAACUAUUAAUUGCAAUUACGAUAUGAGAGCAAAUUCGACGCGAUUCAAGACUGAUAUAAUUAAUUUUUAAUUGUUUAGAUACGUAACCCGAACGCGAAUCCUAAUUUACGAAGGAUAAACACGUCGUUAUUUAAUCUGCUAGUAACCGCGUCGACGAUUCCCCAAGUCGGGAUCGACCUCGUUCUUAGUUUGAAUUUCAGUUUAACAAUUUCAUAGAAUUUACAAAGCGGAUAAACAGUCGGAGCGGUCGUUAAAUGCUGGAAAUUAUGCGAGCAAGAAGAAAUCGAGACGGCCGGAUUCUUCGUAAAACUCGCAACAACUCGAGGAAUUUGUUCGCGCUGACACGCCAUACAACUGGGCAAAAUAACCACAUAAAAUAAACAGUAUUCUAAUCCAAUUAAGCUUUAUCCCAUAUAAGAGAUUCGAUCCUGAUCAUGAACUUUAGACCGUAGCGAAUUUUGAGACCACGGUGCGGCCGCGCCACCGUAAAUUCGGAUCAACUUGGACAGGAAUUUAAAUAACUAAUGGUUCAGCUUCAAAGGAGCUUCAAGAGCAAGAUAAGCCGCGGAGUGAUGGAAGCUCUUAGGUUAAUCCUCUGUGGGAACCGCUACUCCAGUAAUUAUUUGACACAAGUCUGCGAAUCUAAAAGUAAUCGAUCCGCGCACGUAUUAUAAAUUUGAAUUUAAACAAACAUCUAUAACAGAUGAUAAUGAUUUGAUUAUACGUGUUACUCGAAUAAAAUACUUGACAUAUUUUGCUAAUUACUUCAAGUAAUUUUUUUUACCAAUUUCGCGAAUAAUUUCGCUAUUAUCCGAGUCUUUUCUUCUUUCAAGUAAUUAGUUAAAUAUUUGAAACAGAGAAUAUUUUUGCCUCUGACAGAUCGAAUCUUCUCUAAAUUAAUAUAGUAUCGGCUAAAUUAGUAUGCAACCAAUUAUAUCAUGGAAAAUAGCGAUUUCCAAAAGCUAUGAUACUCGUGCAAACGAAAUUGGCUUCUGCCUCGUUACCGAAUACGCAAAUUCCAUUAACUACUGCAAGUAAUACAUUUACAGAAUCUGAUUUCAAGUUAUUAUAACUAUCUAUAACGUAGAACAACCUGUGUAUAUAGGAUAACGCCAAACGGUAUCCUUUUUAUACUGCUGUAAAUAUACUAUAAAUAUCGAUAUUUCGAAAUACGCAAGCAUUUUUUAAUAAUAAAAAAAAAAAAGUAACGCGCGAACUCGUUCGAAUUUAAUUGCCGGAAUUGUAAAAUACACGACCUGAAAUACCAAAUUUUUGCGCCAGUGUCGUUAAAACGAACCAACUAUUCGAAAGGAUUAAAAAAGUAAUCGAGAGAUAUCGUGGAUAUUAAGCGGAAAAAUCUAACUUUUAUUAUAACGUCGAAUAUGUAAAUUCUUUUUAGACUAGAGCUGCAAAUAAGAAACGACGAUUCUUUAAAGUUUAGCGCACGUAAUUAAUAAAACGUCUAUUAUAACGAUAAAUUCGUAGAUUCUUUGUAAUCGAAAGUUGCACGUUAAAGAGAAGCUUCCUGACGCGAUGCAACUUCCUAACGAUUUCCCCAUUGGUCAUCUGGAAUUUUCCUAAGUCUAAGUAACGUUCAACGUUUUUACCAACACUGAUAUUUAUAAAAGUGGUAGCUGUGCGCGCGUACAAGAGCAAAGAGCGGAGAAGCAUGCAACUGCUGUAAGUUUGUGCGUGCAGUUGAUCGCGCCUUCUGUAUAUCAGAAUCACACAUCGUGCAAAUAUAUUCUUCGUAGCAGUCGUCCCGCUGCGCGUAAUUAACGUUGUCUGUCACGCUUUGCAGCGUUAACACGCAGCGUUACGGUAACUUAUUUUUCGUGGAAAUGAUCGCUCGAUCGAUGGAACGAACUUCCGUGUCACGAGAGUAAUUUCGUUUCGAAGAAAUUGUUUAAACGAAAUUGUAAUCAUUAAGGACUAUAUUUCAUCGUGUAAAGUUUUAACACCGUUUUACCACUGUUAAUUUAUAAUAAAUUGUUUCGACAAAUUA